AUGAGAUUAAAUGCACUACUGGGAAUUGUUGUAUUAGCAGUCGCUUCUUUCAAAAAUGAUAUUCGAAAACUGUGCUGGCAAGAGUAUACAAACAGUAAACUGUGCUUUCCCAAAUAUGAGAAAUGUUUGAUUACUGGAAAGGAGCAUUUUGGGUGUAGAGAGUCAUUCAAAACAUGUAUUAAGAAUGAACCAGUUUACAAUCACACCGAAUUCUGCAACAAAUAUCUUCCGAACAUUACGAAUUUCGAUGAAGAUAAUGGACUUGAAUGGCAUCAAAACUUUCUGGAUGAGACUUUGAAUCUGAUGAAAACGGAAAGAUCUCAACUCGAAAGAGAUUCAAACUGUAUUCUUCAUGAUGUUCUGUUCAAGAAUCACACUACAAACGUAUCGAAUGCACUCACCGUCCGAAUGCCUUCUCUUGCUUCAUCUUAUUGUCCUUGUUCUGGAGAAUCGAAUGAUGAAAAAAUAAGAGAAAGUAAAAUGAAAAUUCCGAUUCAAAUGUGGCACGGAGGAUUCAGUUCAGGAAAAUGUUGGAGAGAAAUGGAUCGAUUUCUGGUUGAAUAUUUAUGUGGAGUUACUGUUGCACUGGAGAUCAAUCAUAUUUGGGCGAAGAAUGCAGAUUGUCAUGAGGAUUCUAAGCAAUCGAAUUGUCGAAACACAUUCAAUUCAGCGCUCAAGAAAAGUGUGAAUGUCAGUGUAAUCCGAUCAACAUGUAGACUCUAUUACGAGAUGAUAGAAGCUUUUCUUCCACUAAAACAGCCCAUGUCUUUGGAUUACAAAAUCACGUAUAUAAAUGAAUCCGAUAUAAUUUAUCUUCAACCAUUCGAAUAUCAAAGUGAUCGUUUAUAUCUAUUGAACAGUUUCCAAGAAGACACGUAUUUAACUUGUUUCCCCGUCAAAAGAGAAUUGAGUUCUUGCAAUUAUAUUUUUGAACACUGCAAAAGAAAUGAAGAAGUUGAGAAUUGUGGAGAGAAGCUAAUCGAUUGUCUGAGUAAAACAACUCCAAUCGAACCAAGUUGCAAGUCACUUCUUAUCCAAAGAAACGAUAAUUUGGGCACAUUUGAGAAGAUAUUCCGAUACGUGAGAAACAAUAAACUACAAUUGGCAUAUCCUGUGUUACUGUAUAUAUUCUGGACACUUUCAAAGAGUAUCAUCAAUUGGAUGCUUCUGAAAAUUGCAAUCAGAAUAUGUAUAAAAAUAACGGAAAUUCUGAACAGUUGGAGUGAUUCAAUUGACAAAGCAGCCGAAGAAAGAAGAAAUAGAACUACAGUAACUGUUGGCCAACAAUUGGAUCUGAUUCCACGUGAUAUACCUACAACGAAUAUUACUGUAGGAGAGUUUAUGUUUGAGGAUAUUCCAUUGGAUACGAACAAUGAAAUUGGAAGUAAUAAUAAUAACAACAACAACAGUAAUAACGAGAACGGAAAUGAGGAGCCAAUUGCCGGCGAGGAGGAGGAAAAACCAAAAAAAGAAGAAAGUUUUGGAGAAAGUUUCAAGGAAAUGAUCACUUCAAUUGGUCGUCUUUUUGCUUCGAUCUUCAAGUUUUUGAAAGUUUUUUUCAGAUUUAUUUUCUGA